AUAUAAUUGUGUGAGUGCGUCAUUGCGUCCUCACGCAGGCUCAAUGUUGACGUGGCGUCUCUCUUAGUUAUCCAGCAGCUGAACGAAUGAGGCACAUAGAGGAAACUGGAGAAUGGCCUGAUCGCUAAAGACAAGCGGACCGCCCUAUAUUUCUCAGUGAAAAAUGACUGGAAGGAACCAGCACAAUGGUUUCCAGUGUGCAACCACAGUGCUGCAACCCACAGGUGGUUAUAUGUACACUUAUGGGAACAACUCGGAGACCGAAUACUCAGAGGAAGAUGGAGAGACUUUUGAACUGCGUUCCAGAGGCAAGGAGAGGUAUCGCAGGAGCACAUCCAAAGACCGCAAGGAUGAUAUUGUCUACUUAAUAAGGGAUAUAAAAGAGGGAGAUACUCUCAACAGUAUUUCUCUGCAAUAUAUCUGCACUGUUGCAGACAUCAAGCGAGCCAACAAUCUUCUAACCGAGCAGGACUUUUUUGCACUGCGGUCCAUAAGGAUUCCUGUGAGAAAGUUCAGCUCUUUCACAGAAACCCACAAUACUGCUCCUUUCAAAACCAGCUCGCCCGGUGGCACUCGCAGAAUCACUGAGAUCCCAAUUUCCGGAACUUCCUUGGACACUUCAUCCUCUUCCUCAUCUGUCGACAGCGUGGAGUGCUUUUUGCAGGAGAAGGACAAGGACAUUGAACUUCUUGUCAAGUCCUCUGCCCCCUCCAGAGGCAGUCUGAGCGAGGUUGUCUCCUCGUUGGAGCAGCCGCUUUUAGGUGACCCCGAGCGCCGGUCAGCCCAAAAGAAAGAUCCGUACUAUGGGGCUGACUGGGGAAUGAGAUGGUGGACUGCAGUAGCCAUCAUGCUGGUCGUGGGCAUUGUUACACCUGUUUUUUACCUGUUGUACUAUGAGGUUCUGAUGAAAGCUGAUGUUAGCCACCACACAACCAUAGACUCUAUCAGGCCUGGACCCACACAGUCAGCCAUUGCCGAGCCUCUUGUUUUACAUCAGGCCAAUGCUGCCUCUCACAUAGACUCUCACCUACAGCCUGUUAUUGAUCGACCUGAUGUGAAGCACGAAGAAGAACCAUAGGGGCACUUAGAUCAUGCUGACAAGCACCAAGGGAUUAAUUAAAAGGGACCUUACUAUAAGUGAAAACACAUUUUAAUAAUUAAAAUUGAACCUAAACAGCGGAGAGGAUUGAUUUAGGAUUCCAAUCCUGUUUGCAAUUUUCUUUGAUGCAUUUUGCACAGUUGGAUACUGGUUUUGUUGUGUCACUCAUGAGCUAGUGUAUAGCUCUGUACCUCUGUUAAGCUCAAAGUUUGCUUUAAUGGCAAACAGAUGAUAUAUUGUUAAAAACAUUUGCUGCCACUGUCUGGUUGUCAGGGAAAUAAACACAGUAAUUUAUUUUAGGAAAAGUAGAAUCCAGAAUCAGUAUUGCAACUGUUGGUAACAAUGUUGCUGGACUGCAGUUAUUUGUAAAAUGUUCUCACACAUGUUCAAUUCAAGUCCAGUAGCAGAGCUGUAAACAUUUAUAUGAAACAUGGAGUACAUUGAUUACUUUUGAACAGUAUGUGCCUUCAUCCUGUAGACUGUAAAUGCAGGUUGAAAAUAAAAGGAAUUAUAUUUUAUUAUCUGAA